GAUUAUUUGUCUGGCAUCUGAAGAACACUGGAAUACGGCAGAUACCAUGCCAGUUUGUGCAUCUGUGCCGUGUAGCCAACGAUAGAUUGAUUACAUUUCAGUACUUUAACUUUCUCAAACGAAUGUAUGUAACGCAAUACAACAAAGACCUCAGCCAACGAGCCAAACCUAAGUCAGAUUCAGUUGCAUCUCCUUUUCGUGAGCUUCAGCAAUUGGAUCAAGAAAAAAAGGUUAUACACAAGAUUAGACCAAUUUUACCUGUUCAUCAACCUUUGAAUGUGUUGAGAGAAGUGAAGUCAGCUGCAGAAACUGAAGACUUUGUCACACCAGUAAGAGCAGAAUCCAAAGAGGACAAGCAAUGGAAAGAAAUGAAGCUACGGCUGGAUGAUUUGCCAGGAAUUUUGGCACGCUUGUCCAAAAUUAAGCUUACAGCUCUGGUUGUAAGCACUGCGUCCGCUGGCUUUGCAAUGGCCCCGGUCCCUUUUGACCUGACCUGUUUCCUGCUCGCCUCCCUCGGAACUGGACUGGCAUCGUGUGCUGCCAACUCCAUCAAUCAGUUCUUUGAGGUUCCAUUUGACUCAAAUAUGAACAGGACAAAAAACAGACCACUGGUGCGAGGACAGAUCAGCCCCCUGCUCGCCGUCUGUUUUGCUGCCUCCUGCGGAGUCCCGGGCAUCGCCCUGCUGACGCUGGGAGUGAACCCCCUCACCGGGGCCCUGGGAGCCUUCAACAUUUUCUUGUACACGUGUUGUUACACACCCAUGAAGAGAAUGAGCAUUGCCAACACGUGGGUGGGAGCUGUCGUCGGUGCCAUUCCCCCCGUCAUGGGCUGGACUGCGGCUACCGGGAGUCUUGAUGCUGGUGCGUUACUGUUAGGAGGAAUCCUCUAUUCCUGGCAGUUCCCUCACUUCAACGCCCUGAGCUGGGGUCUACGGGAAGAUUACUCCCGAGGAGGGUACUGUAUGAUGUCCGUCACCCACCCAGGGCUGUGCAGGCGGGUGGCUCUGCGUCACUGCUUGGCCUUAAUUGGACUCUCAACGAUGGCUCCUGUUCUCGACAUCACCACAUGGACUUUCCCUGUCAUUUCGCUCCCUAUCAACCUGUACAUCUCCUACCUCGGCUUUCGGUUCUACAGGGAUGCAGACCGCAGCAGCUCCAGGAAGCUUUUCUUCUGCAGUCUAUGGCACUUGCCAAUGCUGCUGCUUGUCAUGUUCACGUGCAAGAAAUCGUUCCUAGAGAAGAAAGAUAAAGGUGAUCUGCUCGGUGAAAGUCAUGGGAGGGCUAUGGAAAUUAGAUUGCCUUAAAUGUCAAUUAUUUGUCAUCCUCGUGACACAUCAGGUAGUAUAUUUUAGUAAUUACAAGGGGGAAACCUGUGGGGAUCUGUUUGAAGAAGAAUCAUUUGUGCCUAGCCACCACUUCAUGUGAUAAUUUUCUAUUUUUUUUCUGAAAGGGAAUAGACAUGAGAGCUUAAAGCAUUCACGGGCCUCAGGCCCAUUCAUUCGUCACGAAUCACAAUUUAGCCUAGGUCAAAAGCACAUCACUUUGGGAUGGCCUUCCAAAGUCUCUGUGUGUCGUGGUC